CAGCUGACAGGCGUCUGCGGCUUCGCUUCAUGGCCGCCCUCCCGCCCCGCCUGGGCUCUGUGGGGAGUAGGGGAGCCCGCGGCGGCCCGGAGCCAGAGCUGGCGAGCCGACCGGGGACCUGUGCGCGGCGCCGCUGAGGCGCAGCAUGUGAAGAGGAGACGGCUUCCAGUGCGAGGCGAGCCUCUCAGCCGGCCGGGAUGGCUACGACGGCCGAGCUCUUCGAGGAGCCUUUUGUGGCAGAUGAGUAUAUUGAACGACUUGUGUGGAGAACCCCAGGAGGAGGCUCUAGAGGGGGUCCUGAAGCUUUUGAUCCCAAAAGGUUAUUAGAAGAAUUUGUAAAUCAUAUUCAGGAACUACAGAUAAUGGAUGAAAGGAUUCAAAGGAAAGUAGAGAAACUAGAGCAACAGUGUCAGAAAGAAGCCAAGGAAUUUGCCAAGAAGGUACAAGAGCUCCAGAAAAGCAAUCAGGUUGCCUUCCAACAUUUCCAAGAACUAGAUGAGCACAUCAGCUACGUAGCAACCAAGGUCUGUCACCUUGGAGACCAGUUGGAAGGGGUAAACACACCUAGACAGCGGGCAGUAGAGGCUCAGAAAUUGAUGAAAUACUUUAAUGAGUUUCUAGAUGGAGAAUUGAAAUCUGACGUUUUUACAAAUUCUGAAAAGAUAAAGGAGGCAGCAGACAUCAUUCAGAAGUUGCACCUAAUUGCCCAGGAGUUACCUUUUGACAGGUUUUCAGAAGUAAAAUCCAAAAUUGCAAGUAAAUAUCAUGAUUUAGAAUGCCAACUGAUUCAGGAGUUUACUAGUGCUCAAAGAAGAGGUGAAAUCUCCAGAAUGAGAGAAGUAGCAGCAGUUUUGCUUCAUUUUAAGGGUUAUUCCCAUUGUGUUGAUGUUUAUAUAAAGCAGUGCCAGGAGGGUGCUUAUUUGAGAAAUGAUAUAUUUGAAGAUGCAGCGAUACUUUGCCAACGAGUGAACAAACAAGUUGGAGAUAUCUUUAGUAAUCCAGAAACAGUACUGGCUAAACUUAUUCAAAAUGUAUUUGAAGUCAAACUACAGAGUUUUGUGAAAGACCAGUUAGAAGAAUGUAGGAAGUCUGAUGCAGAGCAGUAUCUCAAAAAUCUCUAUGAUUUAUAUACAAGAACUACAAACCUUUCCAGCAAAUUGAUGGAGUUUAACUUAGGUACUGAUAAACAGACUUUCUUGUCAAAGCUUAUCAAAUCCAUUUUCAUUUCCUAUUUGGAGAACUAUAUUGAGGUGGAGACUGGAUAUUUGAAAAGCAGAAGUGCUAUGAUCCUACAGCGCUAUUAUGACUCAAAAAACCAUCAAAAGAGAUCCAUUGGCACAGGAGGUAUUCAGGAUUUGAAAGAGAGAAUUAGACAACGUACCAACUUACCACUGGGGCCAAGUAUCGAUACUCAUGGGGAAACUUUCCUAUCUCAAGAAGUGGUGGUUAAUCUUUUACAAGAAACCAAACAAGCCUUUGAAAGAUGUCAUAGGCUUUCUGAUCCUUCUGAUUUACCAAGGAAUGCCUUUAGAAUUUUUACCAUUCUUGUGGAAUUUUUAUGUAUUGAGCAUAUUGAUUAUGCUUUGGAAACAGGACUUGCUGGAAUUCCUUCUUCAGAUUCUAGGAAUGCAAAUCUCUAUUUUUUGGAUGUUGUGCAACAGGCCAAUACUAUUUUUCAUCUUUUUGACAAGCAGUUUAAUGAUCACCUUAUGCCACUAAUAAGCUCUUCUCCCAAGUUAUCUGAAUGCCUUCAGAAGAAAAAAGAAAUAAUUGAACAAAUGGAGAUGAAAUUGGAUACUGGCAUUGAUAGGACGUUAAAUUGUAUGAUUGGACAGAUGAAGCAUAUCUUGGCUGCAGAACAAAAGAAAACAGAUUUUAAGCCAGAGGAUGAAAACAAUGUUUUGAUUCAGUAUACUAAUGCCUGUGUUAAAGUCUGUGCUUAUGUAAGAAAGCAAGUGGAAAAGAUUAAAAAUUCCAUGGAUGGGAAGAAUGUGGAUACAGUUUUGAUGGAACUUGGAGUACGUUUUCAUCGACUUAUUUAUGAGCAUCUUCAACAAUAUUCCUACAGUUGUAUGGGUGGCAUGUUAGCAAUUUGUGAUGUAGCUGAAUAUAGGAAGUGUGCCAAAGACUUCAAGAUUCCACUGGUAUUACAGCUUUUUGAUACUCUGCAUGCACUUUGCAAUCUUCUGGUAGUUGCCCCAGAUAAUUUAAAGCAAGUCUGCUCAGGGGAACAACUUGCUAAUCUGGACAAGAACAUUCUUCACUCCUUUGUACAACUUCGUGCUGACUAUAGAUCUGCCCGUCUUGCUCGACAUUUCAGCUGAGGUUGAAUUUACAAGGGAAAUGUGUUGUACUUCAGCAGGCCUUGGUUGAUGGAAAGCACAGGAGAUUUCUUAAUGUGACACAGCCAACAUUUUAUGGAAAAAUGACUGUUUGGAGAAACAGCAGCCAUACUUACCCUUGAGAUUUUAUUUGAAAUUUGGACACUACUAGCCAUAUUUUGCUUUUUCCCCUUAAGUUGAAUUUUAAUUCAAUUCUUGAACUUACAGAUUUCAAAUUCUAAAUUUCAAAUUCUGUGAACCUACAUGUCACUGUUUUCAUCCUGGAAAAUGUUGGUGUCAGAAGACAAACGAGAUGUUAUCAGUGUUCCAGUUGACAUUCUUUAACAUAUUCUAUUGGAAAAUUUCACCGUCCUAUUUUGCAUUAAUGGUAAAAUCCAGCAAAACUGCAUUUAUUAUUUACCAAUUUUUAAUGACCUUUUCAGCACUUGAUAAUUGUUAAACAAGUUAUUUUAGGUUUUCCUAGAGAACUUUUGCCUCUUUCAAAAGGUUAAUAAUUGAGCAUAAUUUCUGUAGUUAAUUGGAUUUUUUCCUGAGGUACAACAAUAAUUUCCAAGAAAAAUGUUAUAAACUAAACUAAAUGAUGAAAUGUUUCAUGUAGAUAUUAGGAGUGGAUCAGAAUACAUCUGCUUUCUGGGUAAAAAAACUUAAAGUUUACUAUUUCUUAUUUCGUAAACAGAUUUUAAGCCAAUGCUAGCAAGAAAUUAAUAAGUCUACCUUAUUUUAUAUUUCACUUAAGAUAAGGUGGAGGACCUUAACUAAAGGACCACAUUUAUUCAUUAUUUUAAUAUUAUAAGGGAAGUAAAAUGAGGUUUAGUCUAAACGAUGAAUAUGAGAAAUAUUGACAGUGUUUAGCAACAAUGCAGUCCUUUAAGCUUUCUUUCUUAAUGCUAAACUGGAAUAAGAUGGGAUGGCUAAACAUAAGUAAUACAUUUUAAGGGGAAUCAGGAAUUGAUAGAUAGCAUUAUAUAUUCUAAGUCUGGAGAUGAGCUUUGUAAAAACUGGUUGCUUUGCAAAUCUAUAGUUUCUGUCAUUAUCUUUUUCAAGGCAUUUCUGAAGCAGUUCUUACUGAUUGGAGUUAAUUGAAUUGGCUUAAUAUGGUGACAUAAUAAAUCACUUAUAAAAUUUUAAACAUCAAGUGGAAAUUUAGAAAGGCUGUUACUCUACAAUUUCUAUAAACUUGCUCUGCAAGAAUUCAUUCUUAUCUAUAUGUAAUGUUUCAGCUUCCUUUGUGGUGUUUAUAAUCUUCUAGGAACAGAUAAACUUUAACGUUCAGCUCAUUCUUGGCAUUUUUUUUCCUUUAAUGUAGUCUUGUAGCCUUUCUGGCUUAAUUUUGGCAAACUACUUUUAAGACUAUGUUUCUGAAUGGUCAUCAAUUUUACCAAAAUUUCCAGGUCCAGCGCUAGCUACUGUUUAAAUUACUAUUGACAGAAUAUUCUUCAUUUUCUCUUUAGCCCAGUUGUUACCAAGGUAAGGAAGAGAAACGAAGUAUGCCAACUUUUAUCAAAGCAUUUUAGUAAAUCGUGGCAGUUUUAGAAGGCUGUCUAGUUUUCUAUUCCUUAGCCAAGGGAAGCCAGAACAGAUUUUGGAUACUAGAGAAAGUCAUAUGCUUGUACUAUUGCCAUUUUAGAAAGCUCUGAUGUGAAUUCAAAUUAUACCUCUGUUACUGAAAGCCAACAGUUUUAAAGCAGUAGUUUUACUGGCCAUUUGAACUCUUUGUACACAGUGUCAAUUUGUAAAAAAAAAAAAAAAAAGGAAAAAAGAAAAAAAAUCUUAAAUAAAACAUGAGAGAACAUUUUAAGACUUCCAAAUCAGAGAAGUGCUUCAAAUUAUUUUGUUUGGACUAAUUUUUAAAAUGUAAAGCAUAUACAUGUUGCUUAGAUAUUUUGUUAAUUAUUAUUUCCAUGCUUGAGUUUUGUGCAAUAUUUUCCAUUAUGUCCAUUGACCAAGGCAGUGACAAAGAAAACUCUUAAGUGAAUACUUAACUUAGAAGUGUUAACAUUAAUGUUUAAUAAACAAAUUCCCUGCAAUUGUUUUUUUAUUUCACUCCAUUUUUACAUCUUUAGGAUAUGUGUACUUAAUUUCAAAAAUUAUUUCUAUUUAAGUUUUCAAGAUGUUCUUUAUUUUUUAUAGCAUAGGUCUUCUCACUUCCUUUUUUUUUGGAGAAUAAUACUUUAUAACUAAGAUUAGAAAUUUAACCUAAACUGAUUAUCUUUCUCUAAGAAAAAAAAAUUUGUUGUAUAAACCCCUAUGCGUUACUUGCAUUCUUUGUAUUCCAGUUUUUAAAGUAUUUUGUAUGUAUAUUUGUGGCCACUAUAAAAUUUUGCCCACAAUUUAUGACUCAAAAGAGAUGACCAAUAAGUAAGAUGUUUUUCAUGUGCACAUGGUAAAAUUUUAGGUAGCAAUAAUGGAACUUUGUAUAUUAGUAACUUUAGCCAACACUGAAUAAGGAGAAUCUUUACAGUUUUCUGCAGUUCCACAUGAGCUAACAGGCAAUAUUUAGGUAAUGUUUUGAAGUUGAAAAUAUGCUCCAAAACCCUGCAAAUUAUUUUUCUUCAACUUGAGUAUAUUAUGUUUGCAUAAAAUGGUACAGAAAGUGAAAUGCAGAACACAAGUUUAAGAAGGAAGUCUAGCAUAUGUAAGUUAUGAUAUUGAAAAUGACAGUCAACCAGAGUAGAUAAAUAGUCCUUAUGAAGAAUUAUUAAAUAAUGCUUGGAUGGAUCUUUAGAUAUAGUUGACUAUCUGACUAUUUCAAGACAAGUAUUUAGCCUCAUUUUGAGCAUCACCAUGGUUGCAAGUCCCUAGCACUUUCCCCCCCUUUUUUUUUUUUAAGAUUUUAUUUAUUUGACAGAAAGAGACACAGUGAGAGAGGGAACACAAGCAGGGGGAGUGGGAGAGGGAGAAGCAGGCUUCCCGCGGAGCAGGGAGCCCAAUGUGGGCCUCGAUCCCAGGACCCUGGGAUCAUGACCCGAGCCGAAGGCAGACACUCAACGACUGAGCCACUCAGGCACCCCUCACCUUCCCUUUUUAAAAGAAGGGCUGCUAAGUAUGUUAACUUAUGAUAUAUUUAAAUGAUUUUCUUUCCUCUUUUACUUUAAAUAUUUCACUCUCUGAAUAGCAGCCUUCUGACUUACAGUGAAAUAAUUGAAUUACCAGAUUGACUCAAAGUGGAGAAUUUACUGCUUCCCUAAAAUGCCUUUAUUUCAUCUGUGAUGGUGAAUAUUUACAAGUAUCCAGAUAAAGAGAUUUUGGUUCCUGAAAUGCCACAAAACCUUUUAAGGUGGUCAUGUUUAUAAGGUAGUGGCUAAGGCAUGCUUGAACAACUGUUUUAUGAGAAUAAGCAAAGUUCACUCAGUGCAUAAUUUGUCGUAGACUUAAAAAGCUCACCUCUGGGAAUUUAAUUGUUUUUAAUAUGAAAUUAUGCUGCAUAUUGCCCAUAUAUUACUCAUUGACUCAGAAGUGUAAGAUGUUUCCUAGAAGUGUACUGAAUUCUUCUGAUUUCUUUUGGAGAAUUUGACAUCAAAAGCACUUUAUGUUUUUAUACAAUUAGUUUAACUAUAUUUAAUUCCUUUAGUACUUCUCUCUGCUUGAGAAACCCAGUCCUAAAAUACAUUGUGUACUUUGGAGGAAAAGACCAGUCCAUGUUGUUAGAGUAAAUAAUUCUACCUAAAGUAAAAACAGCAAUUUUUAAAUUUUGAUGCAUAAUAGAAAUAAUUACAGCUACAUUUAUCUACUCAAGUCCCAUGCACUAUGCUAAUCAUUUGAUUUGUAUACAUGAUCUCAUUAGAUUCCAAAGCAGCCUUAGGAGUUGGGUACUGUUACCUUCAUUUGACAGAUGAAACAUCUAAGCCACAAAAACGUUAAGUAGACCUACUCAAGGUCUAUAGCUAAUAAAAGGUUCAGAUUGAAACUUAAGUCUUUCUCACUCACUGUUUAUGUUCUGUACAGUCUCCCUGUUUAAAUAGGUCCUUUGUUUUGGUAGGCUCAUUAGUUUUUGCUUAAUCUAAUUCUCUUCUCAUCCAAUGUUUGGUUCUCACUGUAAUGUUUAGACUAUGAAGUUGAUACACAGGAUCAGUAUCUAAUUUACUGUUGGAUUUUUUUAAUGUGCCCAGUGUGUAAUCAUACUUUUUAAAUUUGGUUUUUAAAAUUUUAUAAGUGGUCAUGAAAUUUUAAUUUAAUAUUAAGUUUGUAUUUAAUAGAAAUCUUUCUAUCAAAAAGUUCUCUUUAGUAUUACUUUACAUAAUAGUAUUAUGUCUGCUUAAUAAUUUUGUAUCAUAUUUUAUAACAAGUAAAUGACAACUCUAGCUUGGAAAAUACGAGGAAAUCAGUAUUUCUGCCUUCAAAAACAGACUUUUAAUGUCAUAAGUUUGCCAAUUCUGUUAAUUAUUUAAUGGAUUUGGUAGUUUUUAAAUGACUAAUGUUGGAGGGAAAACGUACUCAGUGUAUUAGCAAUAGAUAGCCAUUUUCAUGUAAUCAAAAAUUGCAUGUUUAAUCUUCUAAAAAUUGCCUUAACUCUUUUAUUCUUACCACUGAUCAAUCCUUUUUAUUUCCAAAUUUAGGGGAGAAACAACUCCUCAAGUAUAUAUGGGAGAGAAACCUGACACAUUAGAGUGUAAGAAUUUUAAUUGGUGAUUUGGAGCAGUUAGGCUGAUAACCCUGGGCUUAACAAGAUUGAUAUUUUUUAAACUUGGCCCUGUGUACAUCAACACUAUUAUUUGGGUGGUAACAGUAAACUUCAGUUCUUGUGAUAUCACUUUUAGGGGGAGGGAAAAGUAAUUAACCAUACUUGUUCAUUUUCUAAGUGUUUUAGAUGGUUGCAGAUUGCCUCACCAUACAAAGCCAAUUUAAAUAUGGGAAUAUAUCACAUCAUACUCCAAACAGCAAACAACCUGAGAGGAAAGUCAUUUAUUCAGAAGGCAUAGAUUUGUGCUAGACAUCAAUGAUGCAUUACAAAUAUAUAAUUAUUUGCACUAAUAUUUGAGCAGGUGGAAUGGAUUAGAACAUGGUCAACAUUAUGCUGCUGAUAACAUGUAUUUUUCUAUAUUAAUAUGUACUGUGCAACGUGUAUUAAAAUUGUCAAUAAUUCAUUUUAGCCAAGAUACUAAUAUUUAUAUUACUAUGUUGAAGAAACAGUAUCCAACUGAGCCACUUUUAAUUUAAAAGUCUGAAACUGGAAUUAAGUUUACUUUGAAAAACCACUUAAGUUACUUUAUAAUCAUGGUAAGGUCAGUAAAACAGAAUUAUCAGUGACUGGUGACUUAAUAGGAAGAAGUAUGGAGGGUUAAGAAUAGGGCUAGGAAUCUGCAAUAAGUAAGUUAACUUUCAUUUAGUUACAGCUCAGAUGAGUGACUUCCUUUUAUUUUCACUAUUAGCAAUCUUAAAUGAAGGAAAAUGUCGUAUCCCUUCCAGAGUAUCUUCAUACUAAUACUCUAAGUCUGAAGAUUGAAUGGAACCAAUUCCAAGGAGUUAAUCUCCACUGGUGGACUUUCAAAUUUUUUAGAUUAAACUUGGAGAGGUAGGAAGCCUCUUGAUGCCCCUGUAAUCUUAAAUAAUUAGGUGCCUUUAAGUGAGACCAUCACUUUUUACCUGCCUAUCAUUUUAAUCUUUUAUACUGUGGGUAAAUUUGGUUCCUUUGAACUCUGGUAUUUUGUUAUGGCAGUUCUAUCAAAUCUGCAGCUUUUUGCUAUAGAGAAUAUUAUCUAAACGGAAUCUGGACAGUGCUGACCUAAAGAGAACUGUGAAACUACCUCUGAGUAUAUUGUUUGCAAAUGCUGUGCACUAUUUAGAGGAUUCACAUGAAAUUAUGUGAAAAUACUUUAUAAGGAGUAAUACUAAGUGCCUCUAUAUUAGGAGUCUCCAGUAAAAUGUACUUUCCUUUUUUGCCACAAGGGGGAGAAGUUAUUUUUAUAAUAAUACCUACAUUUUUGUUUGAUUUUAAAAAUAGAACUCAUAUAGUUUCUACUGAACACUACCUAUGAACAUACCACUGUCCUAACUAAUAGGAAGAAUGUGUGUUUGUGUGUGUGUAUGUGUGUUUAAAUAAGAUUGUGAAAGUCGUGAAAAAUUUCUGGGUCAGUUAAUGACAUAAAACUAAGACAGUUUUGAAGAACUUGUAUGUUCACGGUGGACACAGGAAUUGGACAAAGUUCAUCAUCAUUAAAAUUAUGUUUUUGGAGUUAUAUCAUUGAAUUACUUUAGCAGCUCUUUAAGAAUAAUCUAUUGAUUAGUUUUCUGCAUUCUGCUUUUUAAAGAAAAAAUUUUGAAACAAUCUCAGACUUAAAGAAAGGUUGUAAAUACUGUACAAAUAAAAUUUUUCCGCUUUGA